AUGAUGAACAGCCAAUCAAAUCAGUCGGGGUUUUCCGCGCCAGCAUCUGCCGGUAACCAACCUCCAUUAGUGCAACCAUCUCUCAGCUCUGGAAGCUCUGGAAGUUUGGACCAAGCACAGUACCUCCUUCAACAACCGAAUUACCUGGAGACAUUCAACGACAACAUCAGUGUUGACGGUUCAGUUGGUGGUCAGACAAGUGCUGUGUAUGUACGAAAUGCACAGGAAAAGCAGGGGUUACGAAGUGGCGGUGCUGUUCAACAGCAGCAGUCACAACAUCAACCGCAAGGCAAUCUAGUCUUACCUUCUGAACAAAUUUACCUUCAGAUGCAGCAACAGUACGAAAAUCAAAUUCGCUCUUUACAGCUCGAGUUGAGUGCAUUCAGGGCUAAUCAGAUGCAGACAGGUCCUAUAGGAACUGCGACGACGUCCCCUGCAACGGCGUCAGCAGCAAUAGUCACUGCUCAGAGAAAGACAUCAGCUUCCGGUGCCGCAAAGCGAUCUCACUCGACGGGAAUUGUUGACACCUACCUGGAGAACAUAACGGCAAAGGAGUUCUCCUGCAAGAACUGCUCAUAUCGCACGAAAAGUGAAGCUUCAUUGGUGGUGCACAACACAAAUCACCUGGUCAAUCAGCGGUAUCUUCACCUCCCAACGACAGUCUUCAGCGUCCAGUCGAGUACUCAGGAAGCAGGUAGCUCACCACAAGCCUUUCUCUACCCGUGCGGCGAGUGUAGCGGCAAAUUUCCACAGAGCGACCUUUAUUUGCACAUCUACCAGCACCACUCCGGAGAGUCGCCCUUUCACUGCGAUGAAUGUGAUCUUUUCUUUAUGCACUUUGAGUUUCUCGAUGACCACCAGCGGUCAACGCAUCACCAGAAGGUGUCGGGCAAGAAGAAAUCACGAUACAGCAGCAAUCAGCCAGUAGAUCCAUCUGCUGAGCCGCCUGCGCUCACCUACUACUCGGUGGUCAAGUGCUCCAAACCGUUCUCUGGUUUUCAUUCCGCCAGCACUAGUAGUGCAGCAGCUGCUGAGGGCACAGUCAACAGCAGCUCAUGGGCACAGGACUCACAGACUGCAGAAAUGAACUCGGCACUAACGAAAUUGCAAUGUCUUUAA